AUUGUCACUUGGCUUCCGGCACUCAGUUCUCAUCGAGUUCUCGUCCAGGAUGGGACGAAUUGCGCUGAAGAUGCUUCCGCUUCAGGUGUUCCUCAUCCUCCAGCUGCUGGUUUCCUUUCCCUCGAUCCACUCCAUCGAGUUUACUCUGUCUGAUAUAAUUCAAUCCGCGGGAAAAGUGGGCUCCAGCAUCGUGGAUCCCAGUCUUCUGCCCACACCCCAGGGUCUCCUCGAUGGCAGCAAACAGCUCAUUGCCGGCUAUCCCUUUGAGUUCGUCUCCAACUCCAUCAAUACCAUUUGUUCCCAGGCGUUGGCAUCGAACAAAAUCAUGUCGAAAUAUAUGCCGGACAUCAACAAAAUGAACUUUCAGCUGCAUUCGGCCUGCGAAAAGGCCAACUUCCCACUCUCCAAUCCGGAGGGCAUGUGGAAGAGCCCGCUGUUCGAUCCCAAGAAGAAGGUCAUCAUCCUGGCCACCGGGUGGACCACCACCGUCAAUGGUUCGGAUACCAUCGAUGAAUUCUCAAAGGCCUACAAUUGUCGUGGCGAUGUUAACUUUGUGGCGCUGGAUGCAGCUCGUUUCGUGGACACCCUGUACACAUGGUCAGCCUUCAAUACGGAGGAUAUUGGGGAGCACAUAGCCGCGGGAUUGGUGAAGCUACUGGACCUGGUGCCGGUGGACAACAUCCACCUGAUUGGACACAGCUUGGGUGCCCACAUAGUGGGAUCGGCAGGAAGGCACCUGCGCCGCCUGACCAAUCAGACCAUACCCAGGAUUACGGGAUUGGAUCCGGCCAAGCCAUGUUUCAACGAGGGUGAAGUCCUCUCCGGUCUGAUGCGUGGAGAUGCUCGCUUUGUGGACGUGAUCCAUAGUAAUCCUGGGGUGCUGGGCAAACGGGAUCCAAUGGGCGAUGUGGACUUCUAUCCGGGGGGGAUGGGACCCCUGCCGGCGGGUUGCCUCACGGUGACCUGUGCCCAUGCCCGAUCCUGGGAAUAUUUUGCGGAGACCAUUUAUCCGGGAAACGAGAUGAACUUCCGGGCCACACGCUGCAAUUCCAUGUCCCGUCUCCGGGAUCUCCGUUGUCCGGGCAACGAGGUGCCCAUGGGUUAUAACGUGCCCCACGAUGUGAAGGGCAACUACUUCCUGGAGGUCAGCGGCUCCUCGCCCUAUGGCUCCCACGCCUCCGUUGUCCGAAACGCCCAGUUGGAGCAGUGCGGCAAGUGUCCCUCUUCCUCGACGAAAACUGAGGUGACUGAGGCGACUUCCACGAGGAUAUCGCGAUUGUGGUUCUAAGGAGGUGGGUGAGGUCUUAUGUGAGACCUCCCCACAAUCUAUCCUAAGCUAGUUUUAGGUUUAGUUUUUAUAUUUUCUUCUUUUUUUUUGGUGAUCGUUUGGCCCGACCCGAUUGCGGUCGAUAUGCAAUAUACAACUUGCCUUCUCAACGUUGACAAUUCAAUUAAAGUUGUGUUUAUUAUGCUUAUGCAAAGUCCAAACAGCGAUGCAAGGAGGCUCUCGAAGUUGGAAUACCCUUUCCGUGUGAUACCCAAGGAGAGUAUUAGUGAUAAGUUGGUGAAGCACACCAUAAGAAAUGAUUACCAUACUUAUGCCCAUUUAAAUAUUGAAAUAAAAAGAAAUAAAUAAAU